ACGUGAGUUUUAUCCUAAAGAUGGCGGAAGAAAACAAUGUUUCGGGUUAUAAUUGUUCUUUUUUAACGUUUACCUUUCAGAACAACAUGGGUAUCUCAAAAAUUUAAUGAAAAUCGCAUAUAUAUUUUUAUGUUAACAAUUGGUGAUUAUGAUCACAUCCUCAGCUAAGUCUGAAUCUACAUUCGAUAGUGACAAGGCAAAGACUAUAUAUCGGAAUGCCGUUGAACUGUCGAAAAAACUAGAUAAAAUAAAUAAAACAAAAAGAAACUAUAGAGAUGUUUUCUUAACGGAAAGCGUAUUUCUAAGGAGAAAGCUACAAGACUAUUGUGAAAAAUUGUUCUUUGUUUAUAAUCCGUAUGAAUAUGGCCGCAAAGCAGAGGAGUUACUGUGGAGAAAAGUUUUUUACGAUGUCAUUCAAAUAGUAAAGCAAAAUCGAAAGCAUAUGAAACCAUAUACCGAUCUUGAGGCUGCUUAUAGAACCCAUCUAGAUUCCGCAAUAGGCUAUUAUACUUACCUGUUGUUUGAAUUGCAAAACAAAUACGACAUUAAGGUCUACAAUUCUAUUGACUUACCAGCCAUAGAAGAGCCAAAGUGUCAUAGGAAACCUCACCAAUUAAAAAAUAAUGAGAUUGAUAAUAAGGUUAUAUCUUGGGCCAGAUUGGCUGCCCAUAGAUGCCUAGUGUAUUUGGGCGAUAUAGCUCGCUAUCAAGUUGAUUUCGAAGGUGAUCAAGCGGCCUUGUUGUCCCAUCGAUUUUAUUUACAAGCGUUUAAUGCUUUUCCUGAAAAUGGGCAUCCUCAUAACCAGAUUGGAACCUUAUUAGAUGGGUCCAGAUACAACAUUGAUUCUGUUUAUCAUUAUUUGAGAUGCUUAAGUAGCAUUGCUCCUCUGACGUCAGCAGCGGAAGGAAACCUAGAGAGAGUAUUUGAUAAAAAUUUUAAACGAUUCAAAGAACUCGAUGUGCUAAACGGACGUGAUCUAGGGACUAGUGCUCAGCGUUGCAGAGAUGCUCGUCGAUUUAUAAUAAAUUUCAUACAAGUAAUGCAACUUUUACAUGGUAAAGUAAAUGGAAUCUCUCGAAACAAGGGCGAAAAGGAUUUAAAAGAAUUAAAUGCCACCUGUCAGAGUGUUUUAACUGAUUUUAAGGCUUGUAUGUAUCACGGAUCUUCACAUCAGAGUAGAGAAGGCGUCCUCGAUGGUUUGAACAAUGAUUUGUUAUUUAAAGUAUCUGUUAUGUGUUUAGCGUCUGUUUAUUUAUUGAAGAAACAAAACAAUUCAGAGCUUGUUCCCGCCGCUGUUGCCUUCAGUUUAGCUUUUUUUUCAAUUCUAAUACAACAAGUCAUUAUACGUUUGCAAGAAGCUUUACAAGAUUUAGAGGAACCUUCAAUUUUUACUCUUUCCGGGAGUACUACUCCUGCUGAGAGUGUGUUAAAUUUGGAGUCGUUUGAACGUCGAGAAGAUAGCGAAAAAUCUACGCCAGUUCAACGCAAAAGACAACGUAGAAGACGAAGAAAACGAUCAUCUAGUUCUGAGUCAAGCAACACUGUUUCCGGUGCUAGCGAUGGAUCUGACUUAAGCGAGGGUGGCCAAGGAGAGAAUGAAUUACAAAUAAGUAGCAGUCAAUCGGAUACCGAGGGCUCGUUUUUGAGAAAUUCUCCGUCUGAGGGGGAAAGCGACGAAGAGGCUGAUAAGUUAAUGAUAUCUCAAGAUCGGAGCUGGUUAAACCCAGGACUGUCUGGCAGCUUUAGCAGUUCGAUUAAUGCAGCCGUUUCAUCUGACUUAACUACUGUAAAAGAAGAAAACGUAUCCGAACGGUAUAUGACCCAGCUACCGCACUUUAUACGGCAAAUGUCAGAAAAUUCUGUCUUAUAUCCGGGUAUUGUUGAUGGUAAAAAAUUCGUUAAGCCACCACCCGGAUUUGAGAAAACGGCAGAAAGCCAGCAUGUAGACGAAAUAACGAAUAAAAUAGCUACAUUCCAAUUCGACACUGAUACUGAAGCAAGUGCAAUACAAACUGAUACAGAAACUUCUGAUGCUCGAUCGGAUGAUGGUGACGAUGAAGAGGAAUCUGCAUUGGAAAAAUCAAAACUACGAUUAGAGAGAGUUUUACAAAUUAUUAAGGAUGAAGGACUUCUUAUGUCAAUUCAAAUAUAUUGUAUUUGGCUUAAAGAGAACAAAGAGGUGCUUGUUCAUACAUGCUCGGAUUCAUCGCAAUCUCUUUGGCAAAGAAUAUGUAUGCUUCUUAACUUCAUUCCUAAUCAUUUAGAAUUACAUAAUGAAGCUAUUGGCCAUGGAGAUCGUGUGGCUAAAGAAUUCGAUAGAAUUACAAAUGGAUCACAGAAUAUUCCUUUAACGGAGAAUAUACUUAUAAGGGGAUUUGCUCCUUUUCAAAAGUUAGAAGCUAACUUAAAUUUUGAAUGUAGACGAAUAAAUGACGAAGAAGAAACUAUCCUUCGUUUAUCGGCAUUGCAUAAUUUUGCUCAAUCAGUUGCUAAUCUUAAACCAACUGCACCAAUUAAAUAUGACGGCGAAUCGUAUCGCUGUUCAACUGCUGCCAAUGAUUUACGGAAAGCGGCUGAAGAGGCUAGACGAGAACGGCUUAUGAAAGAUAUGGCUCAACUCCGUCUCAAAGCAAUUGAUGCAGACUCUAAAUCUGAUAUUUCUGCGAAUUCAGCCAACAAACCUUUGUAUGCUGUUAUUGACGGUCGAACAUUGUUAGAACGUCAGGCUGAUGUCGAAAAAGUAUGGAAACAACCAGCCGUAAUGAUUAUUGUUCCCUUGGCUGCUUUGGAUCUCCUUGAUGAAAUGAAAAUGACUGACAAAUCAGCUCAGGCUUGUAUCAGGUGGCUUGAGGAUACAGUGAAGAGAAAAUCUAAAAAGUUACGAAUUCAGCGUUCUGAUGAGCGUACAGACGUUGGAGCUCAGAAAAAUUUGAAAAAGAGAGAUAGAAUUUCCUGGAGACUCACACAAAUUAUUGAUUGCGCGAGAUAUCUAUCGAAACAGUUAGCUAAUUCUGUACACUUAAUCCUUGCCGAGAAACCAGAGGCUGAGAGUUUAAGACCAAUUGCAAAAACCAUGCUUGAAUGCAUGGAAGGCGAGAAUUUACCGGUGCAAACGAUGUCAGAAUUUUUACAGUCAUUGGAUAUUGCUGAUAGAGAAGACUGGAAUGGUAAUGUCGAUAAUUGA